GUUUGUAAUUUUUGAUGCAAAGUUUUUAACGAAAAUCGUAACAAUUUACGCAACAGUAAGGUUUUGUUUCUAACAAAACUCGAAAAUGGCGCAAAGAUUUCCGGGACCUGUCUCGAACCAAGUCCCAGGUGGACCGCCGCCCCCUCAAAGGUACCAACAACCGCCGCCGAAUCAAGGAAUGAGGCAAUACGGUCAACAGACCUUUCCACCCAGGCCGGGCUACAAUCCUCCGCCUCCAAAUAUGCAGUCGAGCGGGGGCACUAUGAUUCAAAGACCACCCGGGGCCCCCUAUUCGCCGAUGCGUGGAGGGCCCAUGCCUCCCCAACCGGUGGGCAAGAGGCCUUCGGAUAACAGGAAUCCAUUACAACAGAAGACCGGCGAUUACAGCCACGGCACGAGCAAGAAAAAAAAGAAACUGGCCGAUAAAAUUUUACCCCAAAAAGUGAGAGAUUUGGUGCCCGAGAGCCAAGCCUACAUGGACCUGCUAGCUUUCGAAAGAAAACUCGAUUCCACCAUUAUGAGAAAGCGAUUAGACAUACAAGAAGCUUUAAAGCGCCCGAUGAAGCAGAAAAGAAAAUUGCGAAUUUUCAUCUCCAACACCUUCUACCCGGCGAAAGAGCCCCAACCCGAAGGCCCCGACGGUCCCGGCCAAGAAGGCACCGUAGCCUCCUGGGAACUCCGAGUCGAAGGCAGACUACUAGAAGACUCUAAAAACGACCCCAACAAGGUAAAGCGAAAAUUCUCCUCGUUCUUCAAGUCCCUGGUCAUCGAGCUCGACAAAGAGCUCUACGGCCCCGACAAUCACCUAGUCGAAUGGCACCGAACCCUCACCACCCAAGAGACCGACGGCUUCCAAGUGAAACGGCCCGGCGACAAGAACGUGCGCUGCACCAUUCUGUUGCUCCUCGACUACCAGCCGUUGCAGUUCAAGCUCGACCCGAGGCUGGCCCGAUUGCUCGGCGUCCACACGCAAACCAGACCGGUGAUCAUAUCCGCCCUGUGGCAGUACAUCAAGACGCACCGGCUGCAGGACGGCCACGAGCGCGAGUACAUCAUCUGCGACAAGUAUUUGGAGCAGAUCUUCAACUGUACUCGCAUGAAGUUCGCCGAGAUCCCGCAACGGUUGAAUCCCCUGCUGCAUCCGCCCGAUCCGAUCGUCAUAAACCACGUUAUAUCCGUCGAAGGCGGCGCCGAGAGCAAACAAACGGCUUGCUACGAUAUAGAUGUUGAGGUUGACGACACGCUGAAGACUCAAAUGAAUAAUUUCCUGUUGAGUACGGCCAGUCAGCAGGAAAUUCAGGGAUUGGACGCGAAGAUUCACGAAACUGUUGAUACUAUAAAUCAGCUGAAGACUAACAGGGAGUUUUUCCUGAGUUUUGCUAAGGAUCCUCAGCAGUUUAUACACAAAUGGAUCGUGUCUCAAACGAGAGAUCUUAAGUCGAUGACCGAUGUGGUGGGGAAUCCGGAGGAGGAGAGGCGAUCGGAUUUCUUCUACCAACCUUGGGCUCAGGAGGCUGUAUGUCGGUACUUCUAUACUAAGGUGCAGCAGAAAAGGGCAGAGUUGGAGCAGGCCCUUGGUAUUCGUAAUAAUUAGUUUGUCUGUAAGAUGUGUAACGUUUUUUAGAUUUUUAAGUAAACUGGAGGUAGUUUUUGUAUUGCGAGAAAUGAGCUAAUUCGAAUUUGUUUCCAUUUAAUCAUAAUAAAAUUAUAUAUUCAAGUA